GGGAUGAGCGGGGGCUGAGGCGGCGGCCGCCGAGGGAGGGGGACGGGAGCGGCGCCGCGGACGGCGGCCAUGGUGGCUCACGACGAGCUCGGGGGGCUGCUGCCCAUCAAAAGGACUAUCCGGGUGAUCGACGCGCAGAACCAGUCCUUCAGGGAGCAGGAGGAGCCAAGCAAUAAGCGGGUUCGGCCUUUAGCACGGGUCACAUCCCUGGCAAACUUGAUCUCUCCUGUAAGAAAUGGUGCAGUUCGGCGCUUUGGGCAGACAAUACAGUCAUUUGCCCUUCGCAGUGACAGCAAGUCUCCUGGCUGUGCCCAAAAGUCAUGUAGCAGAUCUGCUGCUCCUACUCCUCCUAAAAGAAGAAACAGUGUACUUUGGUCUGAGAUGUUAGAUGUCAACAUGAAAGAGUCCUUGAGCACCAAAGAAAUUAAGCGCCAGGAGGCAAUAUAUGAAAUGUCUAGGGGAGAGCAGGACCUAAUCGAAGACCUGAAGCUUGCCAGAAAGGCUUAUCAUGAUCCUAUGCUGAAACUCUCUAUCAUGUCUGAGGAGGAACUCACCCACAUAUUUGGGGACUUGGAUUCUUAUAUUCCUCUGCAUGAAGACUUGUUGGCAAGUUUAGGAGAAGCAACAAAACCAGAUGGAACAGUGGAGCAGAUUGGGCCCAUUCUUGUGAAGUGGUUACCACGACUCCAUGCCUACAAAGGUUACUGUAGCAAUCAGCUGGCAGCCAAAGCACUUCUGGAUCAGAAGAAGCAGGACCGGAGAGUGCAGGACUUCCUUCAGCGCUGCCUUGAGUCUCCUUUCAGCCGCAAGCUAGACCUUUGGAGCUUCUUGGACAUUCCUCGAAGUCGGCUGGUCAAAUACCCACUGCUUCUGAAAGAGAUCCUGAGACACACUCCCAAAGACCAUCCCGAUAUCCAGAUUCUGGAAGAAGCCAUAUCUAUAAUCCAAGGAGUCCUCUCUGACAUCAACCUGAAGAAGGGGGAGUCAGAGUGCCAGUAUUACAUUGACAAGCUGGAGUACCUGGAUGAGAAGCAGAAGGACCCAAGGAUUGAAGGCAGCAAAGCUUUACUGUGCCAUGGGGAGCUGAAGAAUAAAAAUGGACAUAAACUCUACGUCUUCCUCUUCCAAGACAUCCUGGUUUUGACCCGGCCGGUCACUCGCAAUGAGCGUCAGGCUUACCAAGUGUACAGGCAGCCGAUCCCUGUCCAGGAGCUGCUCCUCGAAGACCUGCAGGAUGGCGAUGUGAAAAUGGGGGGAUCCUUCCGAGGAGCUUUUGGCAAUUCCGAUAAAGCUAAAAAUAUCUUCCGAGUUCGUUUCCAAGAUCCCUCCCCAGGCCAGUCCCACACGCUGCAGGCCAACGAUGUCUUCCACAAGCAGCAAUGGGUUAACUGCAUCCGAACCGCCAUCGCUCCCUUCCAGCGGACUGCUGCUGCAGCAGAGCUGAAGGAGCUGCCGGAGCUGAGCGAAGAGUCGGAGGAGAACAACCCCUCCGCGCCCAACAUCAAAGCCCAGAAGAGGCAGUCUGCCAUGUCUGGCAUAACCGAGAUGGAGCUAGACGAAAGCACAUCCGAAUGUGGCUCCAUCUUGGACUCGGAGGAAGCCAAGGGCGUGAAAACACACAGAACACCGUCUGGGCACAGAAAAACGAGGGAGAAGCAGCUAAGUGGCAAGCGGAAAGAAACGCUAGUGUAAAGAGGAGCGCAGCAACAUCCUGGUGGAAGACUGUUUAUUUAUAAAUAACGUGUACAUUUUUCUUGUAAUGUGAGCAUGAUUGGAUUCACUCUACUGAACAGAAUAUUUUUUUUGUUGUUUUUUAUGUUGUAAUGGCAGCUACUGGUAUACAGUUAACACUGUUGAACUGGAGUCUGUUUUUACAAACGUGGCCACUUUGAACCUGGUUUUAAUGCUGUGAGUGAUUCGCAAGCCCUCGUGCUUUUGACCGCCCAUGGCAGAUUUGAAGAGCAAACUUUGGUUUCUGAAAGAUUUCCACGUGCGGUGUUUGAGGUGGGAAAACAGUAACGCUAAAGCGGAAGUUUGGGCCGUCACCACAAGCCUGGCAGCACCUCCCUUUGUGGGGGGGUUUGGAUUGACACUGCAAGGGUCCUUUUAGAGUGGACUCAAAACCUGAAUUCACAUUUUCUUCUUGUCUUGUACAGCGCAUGUUUUGCAGUGUACGCUUAUCAUAAUCUGUGCAACUUUACAUGUUAAACAAGGG